UUUUCCAUCUGGAGAAGAAUCUCUCAUAUGAAGUGCGCAUGAUAAAGAACAAGAUAUGUCUCUCCUUCUUCUUAAUCAUCCUGCUUGUAAGUCUCUUCCUCCUCUAGACACCUUCAUAAUCUGUAAAACCCUCACUAACAGAUGCAUUUCAAGCCCUAGAACUCCAAAUUCCUUCAAUAAUCUAGCUUUUCUUAGAAACUACUCAAUCUUUAGAAAUACCCAUGUUCUAAAUUGCUCGAAUAAUGAAGUUAUUGACGAAUUCACAACCACCCGUUUGGCCCAAAAGCAAGAAAAUGAGAUUGAAGAGCUUGGAUUGUUGGGUAAACCAUCGCCAAUGCCUAUUAGUAUACCAGAAGUUGAAGUUGAAGUUGAGUAUGAUAAGCCUGAUAAAGAGGAGGUAUUAGAACCCUUUUAUAAGUUUUUUAGAGAUGGCAAAUCUGUAGAAGAGCCUAGUGACUCAGAAGAUGUUAGUGAGAUCUUAAUGGAGGAAGAAGAGGACAAGAGGGUGUCUGUAGAGUAUUAUGAUCCAAAACCAGGAGAUUUUGUGGUGGGUGUGGUGGUUUCUGGGAAUGAAUACAAGCUUGAUGUUAACAUUGGUGCUGAUUUAUUGGGGACAAUGUUGACUAAAGAAGUGCUUCCUUUGUAUGAUAAAGAGUUGGAUUCUUUGUUAUGUGAUCUUGAGAAGAAUCCUGAAGAGUUUAUGAUGAAAGGGAAGAUGGGAAUUGCGAGAAAUGAAGCGGCAUUAAGUGGUGGUCCGGUGGCCGGGCUUCCAGUUGUGGAGCAUGGAACAGUUUUGUUUGCUGAAGUUUUAGGUAGAACUCUUAGUGGUAGACCGUUGGUCUCCACACGGCGGCUCUUUCGGCGAUUGGCCUGGCAUCGAGUGAGGCAGAUUAAGCAACUGAAUGAACCUAUAGAGGUCAAAAUUACAGAGUGGAAUACUGGUGGUCUUCUUACAAGAAUUGAGGGAUUACGAGCUUUUCUUCCUAAGGUUGAACUCGUGAAUCGUGUUAAUAACUUCACCGAGCUAAAAGAAAACGUGGGGCGUCGAUUGUAUGUUCAAAUUACUCGAAUAAGCGAGGAUACAAAUGACUUAAUUCUCAGUGAAAAGGAAGCUUGGAACGCGAUACACCUUAAGGAGGGAACUCUUUUGGAAGGAACAGUGAGGAAAAUAUUCCCGUAUGGUGCUCAAAUAAGGAUCGGCGAAAGUAAUAGAAGUGGAUUGCUGCACAUCUCGAACAUCACUCGAGGCAAAAUUGUUUCGAUCAAUGAUGUGCUAACACUCGAUGAAAAGGUCAAAGUUUUGGUCGUGAAGUCAAUGUUCCCCGAUAAAAUCUCUCUCAGCACUGCAGAGCUUGAAAGUGAACCUGGCUUGUUCUUAUCAAACAGGGAGAGGGUAUUUUCGGAAGCUGCAGAAAUGGCAAAGAAGUACAGGCAGAAGUUACCGCCGAUUUCUGGUACUCGAAAGCUAGAACAGCUUCAAUCGGAUGGCUUGCCCUUCAACGACGAAGAAAAUAUGUAUGCAAAUUGGAAAUGGUUCAAAUUUGAAGUAGAUAACCAACCAAAAUGACCACCAUACCCUUUUCUUAAUACCCUCAUGGCCAAUGUACAAAAGAAAGAAAAAAACAGAGCAUUUUAAUGGUGAUCUUAUAUUGCAUUUGGGAUCAAAGUUGACCUUUUUACAAAAAGUCAAAGUGUUUUUCAGCUUGAUUGCUGUAUGGUAUCAUGACAAGUUAUGAUCUUUAUUGCAUAUGUUGUUUGUAUAUACCGGUUCCUUUUCCAGCU